GCUUCGUACCCGAUAUAUGGAGCCGGCGGUCGAUUGACUUCACUGUACCCAGCUAUUGGUCUAUUAUUACUGUACUAUUACCGUAACCUAAUUCUGACAACCAAUAAUGUCGUCGGUGAAAGUCGCUGUACGUGUUCGUCCGUUUAAUCAACGCGAGAUCGCCAAUGGGUCACGAUGUAUCAUUGGGAUGAAUGGCACGACAACUACGAUAAGUGGUUCGACGCCGGACAAAUGUCAUUCGUUCAACUUUGAUCAUUCUUACUGGUCGUACUGCAGAGAUGAUGCUCAUUUCGCCAGUCAGGCUCAGGUCUACCAAGAGCUUGGCGUCGAAAUGCUCGAGCACGCAUUUGAAGGAUAUAAUGUAUGCAUUUUUGCCUAUGGACAAACGGGUGGUGGCAAAUCGUACACAAUGAUGGGAAAACCGGGUGAUGAACAUGAAAUGGGCAUUAUUCCACGAUUGUGUAAUGAUUUAUUUGCUCGUGUUGCCGAAAAUAAAGACCCUAAUGUGCAGUAUUCCGUAGAAGUAUCGUAUAUGGAAAUCUAUUGUGAAAGAGUCAAGGAUUUGUUGAAUCCGAAUAGUGGAGGAAAUCUCCGCGUUCGUGAACAUCCGCUUCUUGGUCCGUAUGUUGACGACCUGACGAAGAUGGCUGUAUGCUCGUAUCUGGACAUUUGCAAUCUUAUGGAUGAGGGAAACAAAGCUAGAACAGUAGCUGCAACGAACAUGAACUCAACGUCGUCCCGUUCUCAUGCCGUCUUCACUAUUGUGCUAACGCAAAAGAAGCAUUGCGUAGACACUAAUCUCGACACCGAAAAGGUCUCAAAAAUCUCGUUAGUUGAUCUAGCUGGUAGUGAACGAGCAACGUCUACUGGGGCUGAAGGACAACGGCUCAAGGAAGGAGCAAAUAUCAAUAAAAGUCUUACUACACUUGGUUUGGUCAUCAGCAAGCUAGCUGAAGAGGCAGGAAAAAAAAGCAGACGUGGUAAAGGUGUGAUUCCCUAUCGAGAUUCGGUGCUUACAUGGUUGCUUCGCGAAAAUCUCGGCGGAAAUUCGAAAACAGCAAUGAUAGCGGCUUUGUCACCAGCUGACAUAAACUUCGAUGAAACGCUCAGCACAUUGCGAUACGCUGAUCGAGCCAAACAAAUCGUUUGCCAAGCUGUUGUCAACGAAGAUCCGAAUGCGAACUUAUCCGCGAGCUCAAGGAGGAGGUCAACAAACUUCGUGGGAUUCUCGAAGAGAAAGGUAUCGACAUCGCAGCCGAUGCUCUCAAAUCGUCACAGACUGGGCGUACGACAGCUCUAUUCAGCUCGUGACCAUGACACUAUCGAACAGCUCAAGGCAUCUGAAAAACUCAUUGCUGAGCUGCAUGAGACAUGGGAAGAGAAAUUGCGAAAGACAGAUGAAAUUCGCAAACAACGAGAAGAAGAACUUCGAGAAAUGGGAUUGGCUACCGCACAAGAUGGUAGCACUCUUGGCGUGUUUAGUCCGAAGAAGCUACCACAUCUAGUCAAUCUCAAUGAGGAUCCACUCAUGUCUGAAUGUCUUCUCUACUAUCUUAAGGAGGGUAUCACAAGUGUCGGUCGCCCAGAAGCUGCGAAACGUCCAGACAUUCUGCAAGCAGUGGUAUCAACGCAGAGUACUCACUGCAGUUUCAUCAACGAAGACGGUUGUGUGAGCCUUGACCCUCAAAAGGAUGCCCAAUGUUUCGUGAAUGGUCGUCCAAUCACAUGUACAACAGUGCUACACACGGGUUCUCGAGUGAUACUCGGGAAUUAUCACGUUUUUCGCUACAACGAUCCGCAGGAGGCCAGGCAGAGUAGGCACAAUCUGUCUUCGUUGACUGAGCAACCACUGGAUUGGAAAUAUGCCCAACAGGAGUUGCUCGAAAAGCAGGGAAUCGAUCUGAAGGCGGAGAUGGAGAAAAAACUCUUAGAAAUGGAAAGCCAAUACCGACGUGAACGUGAAGAAUUGGAACUGAAGAUGUUACGACAAACAAAGGAGUAUGAAACUCGCAUUGAAAGUCUUCAACGUCAAGUGGAUCUCGCUCAGUCGAUGAUUAGUUCGUGCGGCUCGGGAUGGGAAGGAGAGCGCUUCCUAACGAGUUCCCUGAUGGAGUUUGCGGAAGAAUGCAAAUGGACAACCGAUCAGGAGAAAGUGGCACGAAAAGCGGCUAUCAAGUGGAGAUACCAUCAAUUUACUUCUGUUCGCGACGAUCUAUGGGGUAAUGCAAUUUUUGUAAAGGAGGCGAAUGCUAUAUCAGUGGAAUUAAAGAAGAAAGUUCAAUUCCAGUUUGUAUUACUUACGGAUACUAUGUACAGCCCACUGCCUCCUGAUCUUUUACCACCUGGAGAAGAUUUGACUCUACGCCCAUAUCCGAAAACAGUCGUUGCGAUUCAAGUCCAAGAUUUGAAGAACGGUGCCACACAUUAUUGGAGCAUCGAAAAGUUGAAGCAGCGUUUGGAAGAUAUGCGUAGUUUCUACAACGCCGAACUGUCCGUUGUGGGUACACCGGCUGACGCACCGUAUAAAACCGUAGCCGAGGGAUGGUUGGCGGCGCUACAGUUGAAUCCGGCCCGACUCGUGCCCGACAGACAACGUCUUGAAUCUAUGCGGGACAUGUAUGGUGCCGAUCAGCUUAGUCCAAGUGAUGAUCCAAUGAUGGAAGCACUGAUGGGAACGGACCCAUUCUAUGAUAGAUUCCCGUGGUUCAGAAUGAUUGGCAGAGCUUUUGUCUACCUAAGCAAUUUGCUGCACAAUGUUCCCCUGAUCCACAAAGUAGCUAUCGUUAGCGAGAAAGGAGAAGUGCGAGGGUAUCUCAAAGUUGCUAUUGAGCCCGUGAAUCCGAUGGAAGCAGACACGCAGAAGAAGGGAGUUCGUCAAACAGCAAAGCUACAUUUCCGAAAAGAAGAUUUCUUGAAAACUUGUAGAAAUGGAGAAAAUGAAGAUGAGAGUCAGAAGUUAACAUUCCCGGCGCACAUGAAAGAAGAUGAAGAGUUUUGUUUCCGAGUGGUGGUUUUACAAGCAAUCGAUGUUUCCGAGCAGUAUUCCGAUGUGUUUUGUCAGUUCAACUUCCUCCACCGCCACGAUGAAGCCUUUUCAACGGAACCAUUGAAAAAUUCUGGUCGAGCUCCACUAUCGUUUGCACAUGCACAGAACCUUCACAUCAAGAUGAGCCGCACAUUUUUGCACUAUCUACACCACUUCCCAAUCAUCUUCGAGGCGUUCGGGCACUUCCAGCAAAAGCCAGAGGGCUUCCAGUUCGAGCGACAGCAUGGCGCUUUAGGACGACGCUUAUCCACGAAGCUUACCUUCCAACAACCAUCGCUUGUCAUAUCAACUCCAGUGAAAAGCAAGAAGGCUAACGCUCCAGUGCCAAGCAAUCAAAAUCAAAUCCGAUCAAAAACGGAUAUGCUUGUGUGGUUUGAAAUUUGUGAGCUGGCUGGAAAUGGUGAAUAUGUCCCGGCUGUGGUCGAUCAUGCGCAAGGUUUGCCUACCCAUGGAGUUUUCCUGCUACAUCAAGGAAUACAAAGAAGAAUAAAGAUUACUAUCUGUCAUGAGAAGCUUCAGGGUGAGCUGAAAUGGAAAGAUUGCCAAGAGUUAGUUGUGGGACGCAUUAGAAGUGGACCAGAAUGGGCUGGUGGAGAAGACAUUGAUGUGCUAUCGCUUGGUCUGUUCCCGGGUACAUAUCUAGAAUUCACCAUGGAUGAGAGGACCUUUUUCCAAUUCGAGGCUGCUUGGGAUAGUUCAUUGCAUAACUCACCACUAUUGAAUCGGGUUUCUAACUAUGGUGAUCAGAUCUACAUGACAUUAUCAGCAUACAUGGAACUCGAGGGUUGUUCUCAACCGGCUGUGAUCACCAAGGACAUUUGCGUCCUCAUAUAUGCUAGAGAUUCGAAAAUCUCGGCAGCAAGCAGGUUCUGUCGCUCGCUGAUCGGUGGCAUCUCAAAGUCUCCCGAAAUGAAUCGUGUCCCCGGAGUGUAUCAGUUGUGCCUUAAAGACGCUAACGACUCAGGUAGUCCCGGAACAGUUCGUCGCCAACGUCGUGUGCUUGACACUUCGUCGGCUUACGUUCGUGGCGAAGAAAAUCUCGGACAUUGGCGACCACGAGGGGAUUCGCUCAUUUUUGAGCAUCAAUGGGAACUGGAGAAGCUUACAAGGCUUCAACAGGUUGAGCGGGUUCGGCUAUUCUUACGUCUUCGUGACAAGCUGAAGGGCAAGAGAAAACCGGGAGAAGCCAAGACGCCCGUAUCACCAUGCGAACCUGUACGACCUAUACCAAGCACUGUUACUCUUAACGAAAAGGAAAAAGGCAUCGUGCAAAAAGUUGUGCGUUUAAUAGCGCAAAGAAUCCCUGUGAAUAAAGAUCCACCAACUGGAAACAAGGCUCAAGAAUUGAGUGAUGAAAGCAGUAGUAAUAGUAUAACAUCACCGACUUCUGACAAGUCUCUUAUCAAAUCUUCUCCUUCGCUGGAUGCACUCUGUCGACAAAAAUCCAAAUCGGAUCAAAAUCUCAGCUGUAACGAUGAUAUUCUUGAUCAAAUAGCAAUGAAGCGAAGUCUCAGCGGUAGCCGGCUAAAUCAAAUGCAUUUCCUUGUCCCUGAGGUGACCGAGGAACGAGUCGGUGUUGUGGUUUCACGCAAAGGAUACAUGAAUUUCUUGGAGGAGAAGACACAAGGAUGGACAAGACGAUGGGUUGUUGUACGACGACCUUACAUCCUCCUGUUCCGGGACGAAAAAGACUUGGUCAUUCGUGGUAUCAUCAAUCUGGCUAACGCUCGUGUUGAGUACUCCGAGGAUCAACAAGCAAUGCUAAAAGUACCUAACACUUUUUCCGUCUGUACAAAUCAUCGCGGAUUUUUGAUGCAGAUUAUGCCUGGGGAUGAGAUGUAUGACUGGUUAUACGCAAUCAACCCUCUCCUAGCGGGACAAAUGAAAGUGAGAGCAUCAUCAAAUGGAACUCUAAAAUCGUAUAGUUGAAUGGAUCUAAUCGUUGCCAUUAAUGCAUACCUAUUGCUUUACAUGUGGUUUACUUCCUUGUUAUAGAAUAUAUAUUUUGUUCUGCUAUGCCUCAAAGGUACUUUAUUCGCUGUUACGAUUCGCUGACAGCUGUUUUUUUUUUCCAAAAAUUCAUCCACAGGUUUCUUCAUAGCUUGUUAUCAAAUUCGGUGUAUCUUAUCCCUAGUCAAGUAAGCAAAUUCUAUUACAUCUUUGUCAAAAUUGUCAUCUUUUGAGGCUGUUGUGAAUGUGAAAAGCUUAUUAUUUUUUAUAUUAAAAACACGGUAUUCUACGCGUAUUGUAACAGCAAAUGCUGAUCUCUUCAAGAAUGUGUGUGUUGCCAAGUCGAUGGAAUAAUCUAUCAUUUGUCUUAUUUAUCGCUAAAUCACCUUUUGCGUAGUCACCCAUUCGUCUUUCUUUUCUCUCGAUCUCUCUCUCUCUCUCACUCUCCUCUCCCUCAAUCUCUGUUUCUCUCAAGCUUUUGUGUUCCAGCAUUAAAGAGUUCAUGGCUCGCACGCAUAUCUACUAAUAAAUUCUUUGUCCCC